AAGAAUUAAUUGAAAAGUGAUUUAAACUAUUUGCAAACAUAUUGUUUCCGAAUAUAAUUUUUUAUAUAUAUUAUAUUAACCCUUCUUUGCUAGAGGUGGUUUUCACAACAACAUGGCUGAAUAUUUGGCGUCCAUUUUUGGCACAGAAAAAGACAAAGUAAAUUGUUCUUUUUAUUUUAAAAUCGGAGCUUGUCGUCAUGGUGAUCGCUGUUCCCGCAUACACAAUAAACCCACUUUCUCUCAAACUGUGUUGCUGCAGAAUUUGUAUGUAAAUCCCCAGAAUUCGGCUAAAUCUGCUGAUGGCUCACAUUUGGUGGCCAAUGUGUCCGACGAGGAGAUGCAAGAACAUUAUGAUAACUUUUUCGAAGAUGUAUUUGUAGAAUGCGAAGACAAGUAUGGCGAAAUUGAAGAAAUGAAUGUGUGUGACAAUCUGGGUGACCAUUUAGUUGGUAAUGUUUAUAUAAAAUUUCGUCACGAGGCAGAUGCUGAAAAGGCAGCCAAUGAUUUAAAUAAUAGAUGGUUCGGAGGUCGUCCCGUUUAUUCGGAACUAUCGCCGGUUACCGAUUUUCGUGAAGCUUGUUGUCGCCAAUAUGAAAUGGGUGAAUGUACCCGUUCGGGAUUUUGCAAUUUCAUGCACUUGAAACCAAUUUCCCGAGAGUUAAGGAGAUAUUUGUAUUCCCGUAGACGUCGUACGCGUUCUCGCUCUCGUUCCCCCAGGCGUAGACGUUCGCGCUCUCGUGAGAAUCGACGCCGUUCCCGCAGUCGUGAACGUGGAGGUAACGAACCCCGUAAAGGACGUUACUAGACCUGAUAAUUACUGAAAUCAAGCAGCCGUUACUAUUUCCAGCGAUCCGAAAAAUAAAUUAAAACCAUACAUAAAUUUAAGUUUUCCUUCCCUUUAAAAUGUCCACAAAAAUGAAAUGUUUGUUUAGAAAAGCAUUAAUAAAGAUCAUAGGCUUUACAUAAACAUAACAUAAAA